GGCCAGGUCGCUAAGGAAGUCGCCAUCUUUUUUUGUGGAUAGAAAGUGAUCGAAGCUAUCAUGUCUUUAAAGGCUGUUGUUGGACAGCGUCUCAUGCAAGAUGUGAUUCGCGAAGUCAAAACGGACAACGAAUGGAAGGUUCUUGUGGUGGAUCGUCUAAGUUCCAGGAUAAUUUCAUCAUGCUGCAAAAUGCACGACAUCGUUGAGGAAGGCAUAACAAUUGUUGAAGAUAUUUCCAAAGUCCGCCAACCACUACCAACCUUUGAGGCUAUAUACAUUUUGACACCUGAGGAAGCGUCAGUUAAAGCUUUGGUUGAAGACUUCACCGAAGGAAAUCACAGAUAUAAGGGUGCUCAUGUCUUCUUUACAGAAGUUUGUCCAGACUCCUUAAUCAGUGAAAUUACAAAGAUAUCUAAAUAUGUAAAGACCCUGAAAGAAAUAAACAUUGCAUUUCUACCAUUUGAGUCUCAGGUUUACUCUCUGGACACUCCAAAAGCAUUUCACAGUUUUUAUGGGCCUGAACCAUCAGACCAGUCCCAGCGAUUCCAAUAUUCUGAGAAAAUAGCAGAACAGAUUGCAACUCUUUGUGCUACACUGGGUGAAUAUCCAUCUGUAAGAUACAGAAAGGAUGGUCUCCAUCUUGCUGAGCUGGCCAACGCUGUACAGACUAAACUACAUGCCUACAAAGCUGAUGAUCCAGCUGGUAUGGGAGAGGGUCCACAUAAGCAUCGAUCUCAACUGAUAUUGCUAGACAGAGGAUUUGACCCUGUCUCGCCCCUCUUGCAUGAACUCACAUUUCAGGCGAUGACUUAUGAUCUUCUUCCCAUUGUCAAUGAUGUUUACAAAUAUAUUUCAUCAACUGGUAAUGAAGAAAAGGAGACUGUUCUUGAUGAAAAUGAUGAAAUGUGGGCAAAGCAUCGUCAUGAACACAUUGCUGAUGUUUUGAGGAAGGUCAAUACGCAAAUUAAAGAUUUUGCGACAGACAAGAAAAUUUCCACUUCUAAUAAGACAACAAUGAAAGAUCUGCAAGUAAUUCUGAAGAAAAUGCCGCAGUAUCAAAAAGAAGUCAGCAAGUUCAUUGUUCAUCUACACCUGGCUGAAGACUGCAUGAAACAGUAUAACCAGACAGCCCUUAAGGAAAUUUGUGCCGUAGAGCAGGAUCUUGCGACAGGAGUGGACAAAGAUGGCGAAGGAAUCAAAGAUCCAAUGAAAAGCAUUGUGCCACUGCUGUUAGAUGGGAAUGUCCACAUAUCUGACAAAAUUCGGAUCAUACUUUUGUAUGUUAUUUUCAAAAAUGGAAUUAGCGAAGAAAACUUGGCAAAACUCUGUGAGCAUGCGCAGAUUCCGCCCGAUUACCGUGCCUUAAUAAAGAAUAUGGCGUAUCUUGGGGUUCCCAUCGUACAGGAUUCUGGGGCAAGGAAAGGAGCAAAGCCGGCAAGAAAGGAACGGCAGUCUUUGUACGAGUUGUCACGUUGGGUUCCUGCCGUCAAAGAUAUCAUGGAGGAAGCUGUCGAGGAUAAGCUCAGCAGCACUUCGUACCCGUUCGUCUCACAACGUACAGCAUCAGGGGCAAUGAGCAGUAACUUAGGUAAAGCUGUGAGCGCCCGUCUUUAUGGUCACUGGCAUAAAGAGAAGGGCUCCACCGAAGCUCGGGCAGGCCCACGCCUCAUCAUCUUUAUUGUUGGUGGUGUUUGUUUCUCAGAAACAAGAACGGCGUACGAGGUAACUGCUGCGAAAAAGGAUUGGGAAGUGUUAAUUGGCUCUACCCACAUCACAAAUCCAAACAGUUUUCUGGCCUCAUUAAGAGAGUUGGCGGGCUGAACAUAAAACAUGGGUAAUUAAAGAUGAAAGAAUAUAAUAUUUGUCUGUAAUUAAUAAUGUUAUCAGUAAGAUGACGAUAAGGCGUGGUCACCUUUUGUCUUUGUGUAGCUGGCAGUCUUUUUUUCUUAUUGGCAAUGGUAGUCUCCUCGCUUUUUGCACAAUUACUUGUUUUCUUUUGGUGACCAUUCGCCUUUUGUGCCAUUGUGAAAGACUGCCGUGGCACAAGCUAUCGACUACUGCAUAAGCAGUAACGAAAGAACUGUAGUAGCUCUAAUGAAAAUUGUACAAUUAACUGAACAUUUUGAGGUCGGGGAUUGGUCAUUGAUGGAGAUUUUGUGUUCUUGGUUUUGUUAAACAAGGUGUGCAGUUUUAAAAGUCUUUGGGAGAUUUUUUCGGAUUAAGACAGUGAAGGCUUCAAAUAAGAUUUAAAAGGAUCUGUUUAUUAACCUUAAAAUAAGAAAAUCUAGUUUUCCUCAUUUAAGUUUUCUGUUCAUUGUACAAGACAGAUGAAUUCAUUUUUUGAUUUGUCUGUUCUGUUAUAGAUCACAGACGACAUCUAAAUUUGUUAAGAACAACGGUAAUGCACCCGCUUGCGUGGUUUUUUUAUUUUUUUGUUCUACCGAAUUUAUCGUGAUUGCCACUACUGACCAGAAACGGCAAAUUUGAAUCUGCUUGUUCUCUAGUUUGUUUAGCGACUUUCUACUCUGCUCCUUGAUUAUUUGAAAGUACAUCCCAGCCAUUUUAAAAGUUUUUCCGCCUUUCGCGCAGUUUUCUUUUUCGAAUUUCCCCUUUGUCAGCCAAUUUUUUUAAGGUCAGUGAUACUAUUACUUUCUGCCUUCAAGGUCAAGGUAAUACAUAUCAUAUAAUAACUGGUUGCCAAUAUUCCGCUGGAAAAUCAAAUAAGUAGCCUCUCGUGAACAAAGAUUUUGGUGUCAAAUUACCAGAGGGCUUCUCGGGAGCAUGUUUGAAAGAUUUUGUGUUAACUUGUGAGUUUCUCAGAACCUUUUCGAAUUGUGUUUUUCAUCAGCUUAGUACAAUAUUAUUUUGUGACAGAGAAGCUACCUAACCACAGGUCGAGUCAUUUUUUGGGUCUUGCAAAACUAACCUAGACUUAAGAGGAGACUGGAAAUAUGAGUCCCGUAAGGGAGAGACAGACUGGAGUUAUGAGUCCCGUUAGGGAUAGAGAGGCACGGCAGGGUCAUGAUAAAGCAGCAGAGAAUUAGGACUCUAACAAUGGACAAGAUUUUUUAAUAAAACGGUUGUUUGAUGACGACUUUGAACACUUAAGAUUGUAAUUUUCUAAGGUGUUAAAAAAGCAGCGACAAAAACAAUUAAAAACCACGUCGUAGCCCUUGAAGCAAGCGAGUAGAUCAGUGUGGCAUCAAGGUAGUUGUAAACAGAUAGGGGUUCAGUUGUUUCUCUUCAAUAUCUUUACAACUGAUAUAAGCGCUUAUUAACUUUAACUAAACCAGUGGUUUGGUAUUUUUCUUAGGAAAAGCAAAUUUUGGAAAUAAAAUGUAAUUCGCUCA